AAUGUUGCUCACUUUGCAAGACUUCCCAGACCGCUGAAUGUCUUUUUAGCUGUAUCGUGUGCACAGGUUAAGGCAGCAUACAAUAGUAAUGAUAGCAUUAUAUUUACAAUGUGGGACACAUUAUCUUUGCGAAACAAAACAAAACAAAAAAACAAAACCAAAAACGACAUGGGGGAAAAAAUACCCUCAAUCCAGGGAAGUAGCUUGCCUCGAAGAGGCGGAUAAAGUCAAGAUCCCCUAACAGGCAUUCCUCAGUAUACACAGAAUAUUUCCAAUGGCAUUGCCGGUAGUCUAUAUGGUUUCCCGCACUUGUAUAAUCUUGACAGCAGAGGCCAUGCUCAGUGAGAUGGGAUUCUGGUAUAUUGUACUUCAAGGAAUAUAAGUUGCUGCUAUUCCCCUUUAUAUUAGAGAACUCAGUUAUAAUAACAGAAUUUUAUGAUUUUACUGGAAAUAUUGUCACGAACAAUAUUUCCUAAUUCCAAUGUAUAUCGAUCUAUAUAUUUAUUUAUAUUGUAUAUAAGUUAGCUUACUUUGUAUGCACAUAACACGUCCUUGUUGAAGCGCUGCCGUUGUAUUUGAAUGCUAUGUCACUAUGACGCAUCUUUCCAUCAAAUUACCUACCCGAGCUGAAGUUUUCUAUAUAAUAAUAAUAAUAAUAAUAAUAAUAAUAAUAAUAAUAAUAAUAAUAAUAAUAAUAAUAAUAAUACACGAGGAAGUAAUCUGGACAUUAAGUAAAAAUGACGAUUAUAGAUUUGUAUGAAUCGCACAUUUUUACGACGUUAAAAACAUCCCCCUUUUUAAAGUCUUUGACUGACAUACAUCUAGGUGAGUUUACAGUUGCAGGUUUUAGUCUUACCCAAACACACGGCUUUAAGCCGAAAUACAAGAGCACCAGAUACACUGAAUUCUAAAUAAAAGCAUAGUAACUCACAGAAAUGAAUGAAUUAACCAAAUUAUUAUUCAUAUCGUUUUCUCAAUAGUGCUAUAUAAUACAUCCACUAAAGCAAACCCCAUAUCUAAACACGUCAUUUAAAUAAAAAAUACGAAUUUAUUACAUAUAUAUUAUAUUAUAUAUAUAAUGUUCUUUUUCAUACUACUGUAUUGCCUGCUAACAAUUUACGCAAUAGAUUGAGAAAACAAUAACAAAGACAGAAUCUGAAGAAACAAGGUUUGGAUAUUUAUUUAAAGUUCAUCAAAUAAGUAAAUAAAUAUAUAUUAUGAUGAUUUAUUUUAACAAAGAAAGAGAAAAAAAAGAAAAAAGAAAAGGCAGACAAUCCUCCAUGUAUGUAAUACAUUUUAUACCCAGUAGGUGGCGCUCUCUGCCAGCACGCAGCAGAAUCCGGCUCUCGGUGUCUUGCUUUGACUCGAGCCUAACGAUUCUCAUCUCGUCAUCAUUUGUAACGACGGAGCAUGAAUUACCUCUUGAAGUCAUCAGUGAGAAUUUACGACUGGUCAACAAAAGCACGUGAUUCCCAGCACGCUCCCCCACCCCCAUAUUUGGCCGCAUACAUAGCAAAACCCAAGUACAGUGCAUAGCUAUAAUUCAUUAAUACAUCAUAAAUCGUAAAGCACAGCGUUAUAACGACCAAGAUCUACAAAUCAAGCCCUCUAAAAUAACCCAAAUGAGUUCCUACUUUGUAAACUCGUUCUCAGGGCGCUAUCCAAAUGGCCCCGACUAUCAGUUGCUAAAUUAUGGAACCAGUAGCAACGCUAUGAACGGCACUUACAGGGACACCGGCACCAUGCAUUCGGGCUCGUACGGCUACAACUACAAUGGAAUGGACCUCAGCGUGAACCGAUCCAACACUCCCAGACACUUUGGGGCUGUUGGGGAACGCUCCGAUCCUUUCCAGUCGCCGGCACAGGACAGCCGCUUCAGACAGCCCUCCAGCUGCUCGCUGUCGUCCCCCGAAUCCCUCCCCUGCUCCAACAGCGAGACCCUCGGACCCAAAAGCUCCUCGUCCCCGUCUGAUCAGGCCACCAACCCGGGCAUCAUCAGCAACAACAACAGCAGCAGCAGUAGCACCAGCAAAAACAGCACCGGCGCACAUUUUACAGAACUAGACGAGACGAGCGCUUCUUCGGAGACCGAGGAAGGCUCUCUUAGACCCGGUAACAACAUCCCCAGGGUUCAGCAACAACAGCAACCACAAGAAGGAGCAGCUAGCUCAACUACUCCUACUUCAGAAGGGCAGCCGCCACAAAUAUUCCCUUGGAUGAGGAAACUACAUAUUAGCCAUGAUAUGACUGGACCAGAUGGGAAACGGGCCCGUACUGCGUACACCCGCUACCAGACGUUAGAAUUGGAGAAGGAAUUCCAUUUCAAUAGGUACCUAACCCGCAGGAGGAGAAUCGAGAUCGCACACUCCCUGUGCCUCUCGGAAAGGCAAAUCAAGAUAUGGUUCCAAAACAGAAGAAUGAAAUGGAAGAAGGACAAUAAACUGAAAAGCAUGAGCCUGGCAACCGGGGGUAGUGCGUUUCAACCAUAGGGUUGG